CACUGCAUUUUCUUACGGUGCAGAUGGGCCUGGAAUCUCAACAGCUUUGUGAUAAGGAAGAACAAGAAAACAAUGCUAAUCAUCAUCAAGGAAAGUUCCAAUUUGGGGGGGGGGGGGAGAGAGAAGUAGGGCAGCAGCAGCACCAUGUGGAAUCUCCAUGGCGGGUCAGGAAUCAUCACUCCUCUCAGCACUCCCAUUUUAUGCAGACAUUCCAGAAGGAUACUAUGGCUGUUGCUGAACAGGAAAUGCUCAGAGAACCAAGAAUCUUAACACUAUCACACAUAGAGAUGAUCUGUCUACUAGGCAGAUCAUGCCUGGUCCCACCCAGGGAGCCAGAGAGAAAACAGAUCAAUAUUACUUUAAACUCAUGCUGUGCAUUCCCAAACUGCCAAUAACAGUGGCUGGGUGGUCAGAAGAUUCUCAUAUUCCAUUUGUUACCUAGGAACACACGAUCAUUGUGAAGUCAAGUGGUUCAUACCUUUCUGAUAUGAAGGACAGCAGAAUGACCAGAUCCACUUGAAAUGCAACUGAAGAGGAAUCAUGACGAUUGAGAAGAACAAUUGGACAUUGUCAUGAUGACAGACUCACCUGCUUUGUUUUCUGAGACUGCUGCUCUGAUUAAAAAAAAUUUCACACAACUCGAAACUUGGCCAAAGAAAGGCUAUUUCCUGGGAUCAAAGAAAAGCUAUUUCCUAGAAACAAUUGUCUUUGUAUCUAUCCCAAUCUGCAUUUGGGGAUUCCUUGGGAAUGGAAUUACCCUCUGGAUUCUCUGCACCAAGACAAAGAAAACUAGGUUCACAAUUUAUGUCAUCAAUUUGGUCAUUGCGGAUCUUAUUGUGAUCAUCUACUACCUUACUGUUUUCAUUUUAUUUUUGGUAUCAACUAAUGUGGAUUUGUAUUUUUCACGUGUAAUGGAGAAUUUUUAUUUAAUAAGCUACAAUGCUAGUAUCUAUUUUUUUACUGCUAUGAGUACUGAAAGGUUCCUCAUGGUCUUUAUGCCAGUCUGUUACUAUCAUCAUCGACCAAAGCAUAUGUCAGUAAUUGUGUCCGUCAUUUUGUGGGCCUUGUCCUGCAUAGUGUCACUUGUGGUAUAUAUUUCAUGCCUCCCGAGAUUCCUUGUAUCUCAUCAUCAAAGUGGCCCCUCUUGUGAUGGUGCAAUUAUUUUUAAAAUUUUUGUCAAUAUCUUGAUUUUCUUUCCCAUCAUGAUAUUUUGUACUCUGUCGCUUUUUAUACGAAUGCAGAGAAAAGCAAAGUUGAGAGAUUCUGAGAAACUUGAUGUCACCAUCACAGCCAUCACCAUUCUGUACCUUUCAUUUGUUGUUUCAGUUAGAAUUGUUGAUGCCAUAGCCCACUGGGAGCCAAGACUUGAUGCACCAGUCCCAUUUCUAUUUACUUUGUUAUUCGAUUCCAUCAAGAGCACUGUCACCCCUCUUGUGUAUGUCUGUGUUGGAUGCUGUCAUCAGUUUACGACUGUAGCACCUAUUCAUCAGUUCCUUGCGAGAGCUCUGGAAUAUAAAAUAAAAGGGAGCAAAGAUCAGGCAGCUAGCAAAAAACCUAGUUCCAGAGUAACUUGGGCCCCAGAAGUAAGAUGAAAAACACUCUGAACUACAAAUACUGGCUAGCAUUUUCCAUUUCCAGAAUAAAAAGUAUUGCAGUUCAUGUUAUUAAUCAUUAUUUCUAGGCUGCUUCAUUCACCUAAGCUCCUACAUAAGAUCAAUUAUAAAUCCUUUUCAGGGCAAUCAUUAUAGUAGAAUGAGGUACUACUUUACAAAUCUUGCAAAUUUACUUUUAAGAAGAAUAAAUAUAAUAAUAUGCCAAAAUUAUAUAUAACUGAGCAAGGAUAAGACCACAAUUUUUUGGGAAUGACAAUGAAGUGACUUCCACAGCCAGUGCGUUCAUUGCUGCUAAAUUCUAAGAGAUGUAAUCUAAAAAGUAACGUUUCCAGAUUUUGGGUAGGAUGAUGCUCUAGGUGCCAAAGUAUUAUUCUGCCACUGAUCAGUUAUGAAUAGUUUAUUACAAGUUUGUAGUCAUUCUUUCUAAAAUUAACUGCAUAAACUCUAUAGUUUUGUAAGAUUAAAUACAGAUGAAAGGUGUGAGCAUACUCAAAGGAUAAAGGACAACUAGAAAGCAACCACAAUAAGAAUGACUACUUUGACAUUGCUCAUAUUGCUUUGCUAACAAUAAAAACGGACUUCAAUCUGGCUAUCUUUAA